UGGUCCAUCUGUAUCCAUCAUGUACGCAUUUGGAUAAUUUCGCCUCAGAAGUUUAUCGCUCAUAGAGUUGACCCUUAUGUUCGAACACAUCUCCUAGUUACACUCACUAACAACCCCAAAAACACAAAUUUUCCACUAAGAGAGACGUGCUAUUAUUUCGUGCAGAUUUCUUGGAACAGUGGUACAAGCCUGGCUGCAGCAAAUAAGUGAAUAUGGCGUCUGGUUGCUUAGCGCUGGCUCAAUCUUAUUAGCUGUGUUGCUUCACUGACCAACCAUCGAAGCAGCUGUUGCUAACUCUAGUUUCAGUAAUACAUUGUCUUAACUAAAUAUAUUUCUAUCAACAUGUCGGACUCCGAGGAAGAGAGUCAAGACCGACAGCUGAAAAUUGUUGUAAUCGGGGACGGAGCGUCUGGAAAGACGUCUCUGGCCACCAGGUUUGCACAGGAGGCCUUUGGGAAGCAGUACAAACAAACGAUAGGCCUGGAUUUCUUUCUGAAGAGAAUAACCUUGCCAGGCAAUCUGAAUGUCACUCUGCAGGUGUGGGACAUUGGCGGCCAGACGAUUGGAGGGAAAAUGCUGGACAAGUAUAUCUACGGUGCUCAGGGGGUGCUGCUGGUGUAUGACAUCACUAAUUACCAGAGCUUUGAGAACUUGGAGGACUGGUUCGGCAUGGUCAAGAAGGGCAGCGAGGAGGCCGAUGUGCAGCCGGUGGUGGCGCUGGUGGGCAAUAAAACUGAUCUGGAGCACAUGCGGACGGUGAAGGUGGACAAGCACCAGCGCUUCUGCCAAGAGAACGGUCUGGUCAGCCAUUUUGUGUCUGCAAAAACGGGGGAUUCUGUAUAUCUGUGUUUCCAGAGAUUGGCAGCAGAAAUUUUAGGUGUGAAGCUCAACAAGGCUGAGAUUGAACAGUCUCAGAGAGUGGUGAAGGCAGACAUUGUGAACUACAGUCAGGAGCCCAUGGCCAGGACGGUCAACCCCCCACGCAGUUCCAUGUGCACGAUACAGUGACCCCUACCUACACCCCCCAAGACCCCCAGCUCCUUCUCCUCUUCUGUCUUCUCCGUGUGGCUGAUGGAACCCCUCACACACACACACACACACACUCCUUUUCUCUUCACCUCCGUUACAGGCCAGCUACACAAAUCAACUACGGCAGCCAGGCCCUCUACCGGGCUGCUCCCACAGACUGGCUCUAAGCCACAUUCACAGACCAUAGGCACGCAGGCAUGCAGACACACACACACACACACACACACACACACACACACACACUCACACACACUCACGGGCACACACACACACACACACACACACACGCACUCACAGG